GGCGGCCCGGGAGUGCGACCUGCGUCCAGGCAACGCCACCUACACCGCCCUGGUGGGCGCCUGCGGGAAGAGCCGCCAGCGGGAGGUGGCCUGGCGGCUCUUCCAGCAGGCGCGUGCGGAUGGGCUGAGGUGCGACCUGCAACUCUGCAGCGCGGCGGUCAGCGGUGCCUGCUCCGAGGAGCACCCCGAGAGGGCCUGGCAGCUCCUAGGGGCGAUGCGGGAGCAGCUGCUCCUGCCCGACCUCGUGACCUACAACGCGCUGAUCAGCGCGUGCGGCCGCGCCGGGGACCUCGAGGGCGCCCUGCGCCUGCUGCGCGAGCUGCGCUCCCGGCGGCUGGAGCCCGGGCUGAUCACCUACAACGCCCUGCUGGGGGCCUGCGACCGGGCCGGCGACGCAGAGAGGGCGCUGCGCCUGCACGACGACAUGCUGCGGCUGGCUCUCACCCCGGACGCGGUCACGUGCGGCGCGCUUGUGGGCGCCUGCGGCAGAGGCAGCCAGCCGCUCCGGGCCCUGCGCCUCUUCGACGCCUCGCGCCAGAGGCGCGUCCGGCCCAACGUCUUCACCUACGGCGCGCUCAUCGCGGCGUGCCAAAGGGGCAGCCGGACACGGGUGGCCCUGAAGCUGUUCGAGAGCAUGCUCGACGAGCAGGUCUCUCCAGACACCGUCGUGUUCAACUCGCUGAUCAAGGCUCGCUCCAGGGACGGGCACCCCGGGGGCGCCGCCGGGUUGCUGGAGGCCAUGGUGCGCCGGCGGCUCAGGCCAGACGUUGUGAGCUUCAGCACCGCGAUCGCCGCGUGUGAUGUGGCCGGUGGCGCCAGCGAGGCGCUGCGCAUCUUCGAUCAGAUGCUGAGCCAGGACGUGCCCCCCAACGCGGUGGCCUGCAAUGCGCUGAUAAGCGCAUGCGAGAAGGGCGCAGAGGCCGCUGCGGCGCUGCGGGUCUUGGAGCAGAUGCACGUGGGAAGGCUCUCCCCCAGCGUCGUCACCUACAGCGCCGUGAUCAGCGCAUGCGAGAAGGGCCGGCGGCCAGAGGACGCCUGGCGCGUGUUCGGGGAGAUGCGGCGGCAGGGUGUGCGGCCCAACCUCAUCACCUGCAACGCCUUGAUAUCCGCCUGCGAGAAAGGCGCGCAGUGGGCGCAAGCCGUCCGCGCCAUCGACGACAUGGGCCGCCUCGGGCUGCAGCCCAGCGACGUGAGCUACGGCGCCGGCGUGCUCGCCUGCUUGGCGGCGGGCCGCGCCGAGGCCGCCUUCGCCCUGCUGGACCGCGCGUCCGCGCAGCUGGCGGAGCUGCCCGCCCACCUCCUCGGCCUGCUGCUCCCCGAGUGCGAUGCGCGGGGGCUCCGAAGGGGGGGGGGGGAGCCAGGCGACCUGCUCCUCGCUCUCGGCCGCUCGGUCGGCCUCGGCGCCGGCCCCGCGGCCUGGCGCCUGCUGCAGUGCGGGCGGGCCCCCGAGGCCCCGCCGCUGCUGCAAGCGCCGCGGCCUCCGCCGCCCAGGUCCGCCCUGCCUCCAUGCGGCGUCUCGCGGCGCAUUCUGGCCGCCUGCGGCGCGCCCGUGGCGCUGGCGCCGGUGCCGCCGCUGCGGCGCCCGCGGAGGCAGCCCGCUCGCGGCGUCGAGGGCGCGCUGCCGUCGGCGACGGGCGGCGCGGCCGCCUGGCGGCGCUGGCUGCGCAAAACGGCGGAGCUGCACGCCGCGCUGACGGGAGAGGGCGGCGAGAACUUCCGGCACCUCCGGGCCAAGUACCCGGGAGUCGAGUUCGCCGUCGUCGGGGGCGGCGGCGCGCAACCCGUGGGGGUCGAGGCGAGCGGCGUUGCGGGCGGCAUCCUGGAGCGGGUGUCCAGGGACCUGACCGAGCUCGUCGAGUGCGCGUGCGAGGUGGUCGCCUUCGCCCUCGGCUGCGACGACGCCGAGCUGCGGCGCAUGCUCGGGGGCGUCGCAGCGGAGGCCCAGCGCCAGGAGCACAGCCCCGGGGAGGGCCCCCGGCGGGAGGCAGGAGCCGCGGCGCCGCCUCUCGCCGCGGCCACGCUGGAGGCGCACGCGCGGGCGCUCGCGGAGGCCUUCGUCAUCGAGGAUGGCCCGGCCAGCAGGGUGCCGAAGCGCGAGGCCGAGGAGUCACGGGCCAUGGCGCUCGCGGAGGCUUUCUUCAGCACUGGCGACUCCGACGAGCGCUUCGCCAAGAGGGGGGCGGAAGGCUCGCGGAGCCCGCGCACACCGCCCGGAGAGGACCCAGCCGGCAUUCUGCCGAAGCGCGGGACGGAGGCGGCGCACGGGCGGGUGUUCGCGGGCUCUUUCGGCGAGCCCGCCUGCCAGGGGCGGGCGGGAGGCUCGUGCAGCUCGCGCGCGCUGCCAGGAGUGGAGAUGGCAGCCGCGGCGCCCAAGCUGGAGGCGGAGGGGGCGCACGCGCGUGCCGUCGGCUCGUGCAGGUUGCUCAUGGCCGAUCUGUCCGCCAUGAUAACGAAGCGGGAGGUGGACGCGAAGAUGCCAGGACUGGUGGAUGCCUUCUGUUCUCCACUGUGCGGCACAGACCUGGCGGACAUGCAGCCAAGCGUCGUGGGUCCGGGUGGCGGCGCGGACCUGACCGUUUUUCGCCUCGCGGGCGUCGCGGAAUCGAGUGGCGAGAGCUGCGCGGACUUGGCGGGCUUCCGCCUGGAGGGGAAUUCGGAGCUGCUGGGUGAGGGCUGUGCGGAUCUGGCUGGCUUCCGCCCCGUGGGCGUCGCGGAGUCUGGUGGCGAGGGCUGCUGCCCGGAGGGGAAUUCGGAGCUGCCGGGCGAGGUCGUCGCGGACCCUGCUGGCUUCCGGAUCGCGGACCCUGCCGGCUUCCGCCCCGCAGUGGCCUCCAUGGCGGCGUGUCGCGGCCAUCCCCUCCCCGUGCAGGCCCCCACGCCCUGCGCGCGCGCGGUAGCUGCGGGCCCUGGCGGUGGCGGCCGAGGUGGCGUGAUGGAGGUCGAUGUUCGCUCCGCAGCCGUCGCAGAGCCAGCGGCGCUGGUGGAGCCACAGGCCCUGCGAGGCCUACCAGAGGCGACGGAGAUCUCGGACGAGGAGGAGGUCGUCGUCCUCAGGGGCUGCGCCAGUCCCCUGGCGGUGGCGCCCGGGGGCGUGUUCGCGGUGCGGCCGCCAGACCAGUGGCACCGCUGGGCGGACCCGCGCUGGCGGGCCCCCGCCGCGCCGCGGGGGUGGCAGGGCAUGUCCUCGGCCACGGCCGCCGGCGCCGCGGGGCGAGGCGGCGGGCCGCGGAGCCUGCGGAUCUUCUGGGACGACCUAGAGGUGUGGCGGCUGCCCAUCCUCCACCCGUGCGUGGUCCUGGGCUCCACCCUGGAGGCCGCCCACGUGGCCGACCUCUCCGACCGCUCGGUGCAGCCGCAGCACGCCGCGCUCCUGCUACGGCCGGACCUCCGCUCCUUCGCGGUGCAGCCCCUCGGCGGCCCGGUGCUGCUCUUCCCGCCCUCCGCGCACCCUGGCGUCGCCCGGGCUCUCCAGAAGGAGGGGCGCAGCGCGCCGCCAGAGACCAGCGGCGGCGCGCCCGCGGAGGCAGAUGCCGGCGCGUCGCCGGAGGCGCUGACCCCCAACCGCUGCUGCUUCCGUCUGGCCGGCUCGAGAUUGGCGCUGUUCCUGGACCUCCUGGACGCGGCGGCCGGGGAGGCGCCGCCCCGUGCGGCGGCCGCCCCGCGCGCCCGCCCGCGCGGCGGGCGCUCGCGGCCGCCGCCCGCACCCGGCCGCGCCGGCGGCGCGCCGCCGCCGCGGGCGCCCGCCGCGCCGCUGUGGGCCGAGCCGGUCCCUCUGUCCAUGGCCCGAGAGGAUCCUCGGCCGCAGGAGUCGGCCUACGACCUCGAGGCGGACGAGGAGCUCACGCCUGAGCAGCUUGAGCGCAUUCGAAAGAAUCGUGCCGAAGCCAGAGAGCGCAAGCGCAAACGCGUCGCGCCAUGGCAUUUCGACGCCAUCCUGUGGCCCGAUGGGUAA